AUGGAUAUGCCACAGAAUCGUCUGUGGGUAAAACAGGAACUGAGAUUGUUUGGGACCAUACAGCUGAUGACUAGUCUGAUUGUACAGAGCCUGGGGUACUUCUGGACAUACCUGUUCUUUUCUCAAAGUAUUGUAUUUGGAUUGAGAAGUGGGUACGUCCCCCUCAUGGGAAUUACAGGAUAUUCACUUUGGGCCUCUUUGGUGUUCAGCCUAUCAGGGACUUUUUCAGUAGCAUUACAGAGGAAGCCUUCAAAUUGUAUGCUGAUCUGGACUAUGACACUGAACAUUUUAAGCAUCGUUACAACGAUAAUUGGUGUGUUUUUAAUAACACUGGAGCUGAUGUUGACUUCAGGGUUAGAGUCUUCCUUGUGGCAACAUAGAAGUGGCAGAAUGCUCACGGAAUAUCUGUUUCUGUUUGUUAUCGUGGAGCUUUUUGUGGCCUCCAUAGUAACUGAGUGGACCUAUAGAGCAAGACACACAGAAGAAUAAA